GAGCAGGCCGCGCCCGGGCCUUGGGGCCGAGGCCAGAGCCAUGGGUGAGACCAAGAUCAUCUACCACCUGGACGGGCAGGAGACGCCGUACCUGGUCAAGCUGCCUUUGCCCGCAGAGCGCGUCACCUUGGCGGACUUUAAGGGCGUCCUGCAACGACCCAGCUAUAAGUUCUUCUUCAAGUCUAUGGACGACGAUUUCGGAGUGGUGAAGGAGGAGAUCUCGGACGACAAUGCCAAGUUACCCUGCUUCAAUGGCCGGGUGGUGUCCUGGCUGGUAUCGGCUGAGGGAUCACACCCAGAGCCAGCCCCUUUCUGUGCUGACAACCCAUCAGAGCUGCCGCCGCCUAUGGAGCGCACAGGAGGCAUUGGGGACUCCCGACCCCCAUCCUUCCACCCUCAUGCCAGUGGGGGUAGCCAGGAGAACUUGGACAAUGACACAGAGACGGAUUCCUUGGUGUCUGCUCAACGGGAGCGGCCGCGCCGGAGGGAUGGCCCAGAGCAUGCAGCUCGGCUAAACGGAACUGCAAAAGGGGAGAGGCGGCGAGAGCCAGGGGGUUAUGAUAGCUCCUCCACCCUUAUGAGCAGCGAGUUGGAGACCACCAGCUUCUUUGACUCAGAUGAAGAUGACUCCACCAGCAGGUUCAGCAGCUCCACAGAACAGAGCAGUGCCUCACGCCUGAUGAGAAGACACAAGCGGCGCCGGCGGAAACAGAAGGUUCCUCGGAUUGAGCGGUCCUCAUCCUUCAGCAGCAUCACGGACUCCACCAUGUCACUCAACAUCAUCACAGUUACUCUCAACAUGGAAAAAUAUAACUUCUUGGGCAUCUCCAUUGUGGGCCAAAGCAACGAGCGUGGUGACGGCGGCAUCUACAUUGGCUCUAUCAUGAAGGGUGGGGCCGUGGCUGCCGAUGGACGCAUCGAGCCAGGAGACAUGCUGUUACAGGUAAAUGAGAUCAACUUUGAGAACAUGAGUAACGACGAUGCGGUCCGGGUACUGCGGGAGAUUGUGCACAAACCGGGACCCAUCACCCUGACUGUAGCCAAGUGCUGGGACCCAAGUCCACGCGGUUGCUUCACAUUACCCAGGAGCGAGCCUAUCCGGCCCAUUGACCCUGCGGCCUGGGUCUCCCACACUGCAGCCAUGACGGGCACUUUCCCUGCCUAUGGCAUGAGCCCCUCCCUGAGCACCAUCACCUCCACCAGCUCCUCCAUCACCAGUUCCAUCCCUGACACAGAGCGCCUAGAUGACUUCCACCUGUCCAUCCACAGUGACAUGGCCGCCAUCGUAAAAGCCAUGGCCUCCCCUGAAUCAGGGUUGGAGGUCCGAGACCGCAUGUGGCUCAAGAUUACCAUCCCUAACGCUUUCAUCGGCUCAGAUGUGGUGGACUGGCUGUACCAUAAUGUGGAAGGCUUCACUGACCGGAGGGAGGCCCGCAAGUAUGCCAGCAACCUGCUGAAAGCUGGCUUCAUCCGCCACACUGUCAACAAGAUCACCUUCUCUGAGCAGUGCUACUACAUCUUCGGCGACCUCUGCGGCAAUAUGGCCAACCUGUCCCUCCAUGACCAUGAUGGCUCCAGUGGUGCCUCUGACCAGGAUACACUGGCUCCUUUGCCACACCCUGGAGCUGCCCCUUGGCCCAUGGCUUUUCCUUACCAAUACCCGCCCCCCCCACACCCCUACAACCCUCACCCCGGCUUCCCAGAGCUGGGCUACAGCUACGGUGGGGGCAGUGCCAGCAGUCAGCACAGUGAAGGCAGUCGGAGCAGUGGCUCCAAUCGCAGCGGCAGUGAUCGGAGGAAGGAGAAGGAUGCGAAGGCUGGGGACUCCAAGUCAGGCGGCAGCGGCAGUGAAUCGGACCACACAACACGCAGCAGCCUGCGGGGGCCGCGGGAGCGGGCGCCAAGUGAGCGCUCAGGCCCAGCCGCCAGCGAGCACAGCCACCGCAGCCACCACUCACUGGCCAGCAGCCUGCGCAGCCACCACACACACCCUAGCUACGGCCCUCCUGGAGUGCCCCCUCUCUACGGCCCCCCCAUGCUGAUGAUGCCCCCACCGCCCGCAGCCAUGGGGCCCCCAGGAGCCCCUCCGGGCCGCGACCUGGCCUCGGUGCCCCCGGAACUGACCGCCAGCAGACAGUCCUUCCGCAUGGCCAUGGGAAACCCCAGUGAGUUUUUUGUGGAUGUCAUGUGAGCAAGGUCCCUGCCCCACUGCCAUCCCAACCCCACCCUCGGCCGCGUUCCUCCUCUUGUCUCCAUCCGUCCGUCAGUCUUUUUUACUUUGUUUGGUACCUGAAAGGGAAAUAAAUGGAACUAAAUCCAGGUGCGCUAACUGCUCGCCGAGCGCAGAGGGGGUACCGAUUGGCCUUGCAGCCCC